GGGACGAAAUGGAGACGGACAUAGCGGGGGUGGGGCCCGGACGUCGGGAAGAUGGCGCUGCGUCUGCUGAGGAGGGCGGCGCGCGGAGUGGCAGUGGCGGCGCUGCCGAGGCUGAAAGCCUCUCUGGCAGCUGAUGUGUCCAGACUUGGACAUAGUUCCUCACCCAGUCACAAGUACACUCCCCGGAGGGCAGUGCUCUAUGUGCCUGGAAAUGAUGAAAAGAAAAUAAGGAAGAUUCCCUCCCUGAAUGUAGACUGUGCGGUGCUCGACUGUGAGGAUGGUGUGGCUGUGAACAAAAAGAAUGAAGCUCGAUUGAGAAUAGUAAAAACUCUCGAAGACUUUGAUCUGGGCGCAACUGAAAAAUGUGUGAGAAUCAACUCAGUGUCCAGUGGUCUGGCCGAAAAAGACCUGGAGGCCCUCCUGCAGUCCCGGGUCCUGCCUUCCAGCCUCAUGCUCCCGAAGGUGGAAGGUCCUGAAGAAAUCCAGUGGUUUUCAGACAAGUUUUCGUUCUACUUGAAAGGCCGAAAACUUGAACAACCUAUGAAUUUAAUCCCUUUUGUGGAAACUGCAAUGGGUUUGCUCAAUUUUAAGGCGGUGUGUGAAGAAACACUAAAGACCGGGCCUCCAGUGGGUCUUUUUCUAGAUGCAGUCGUUUUUGGAGGAGAAGACUUUCGAGCCAGCAUAGGUGCAACAAGUAGUAAGGAAACCCAAGAUAUUCUCUACGCCCGACAAAAGAUUAUUGUUGUAGCCAAGGCCUUCGGUCUACAGGCCAUAGAUCUGGUGUUCAUCGACUUCCGGGAUGGAGAGGGGCUUCUCAGGCAGUCGAGAGAAGGAGCUGCAAUGGGAUUUACCGGUAAGCAGGUGAUCCACCCUAACCAAAUUGCAGUGGUCCAGGAGCAGUUUUCUCCUUCCCCUGAAAAAAUUAAGUGGGCUGAAGAACUGAUUGCCGCCUUUAAAGAACAUCAACAAUUAGGAAAGGGAGCCUUUACUUUCCGAGGGAGUAUGAUCGACAUGCCAUUACUGAAGCAGGCCCAGAACAUUGUUACGCUUGCCACAUCCAUCAAGGAAAAAUGAUCUGUUAAAUGAAGCUCUCAUCAGGAGUUCCACCAGGCUGCAGUCCUGAAACCAGAGUUCUGCCUGAGGUCUGAGGAACGAAGUCAACCUUUCUGCGUGUUUGUAAAUAGCCUGUCAUAUUGGCUAAGGGAUCAAACACACUGGGCCCUGGCCUCAUUCUGCCCUUGGCCGGACGCAGGGAAUUGGAAAGCUGUGCUCAGUCUUAGGACAGAAUUUGGCCAACUCGAAGUGUUUUUCUCCAAUAUGAGCACUUGUUCAGGAAUCAGGAUGGCAUUCAGGAAGGGCAGAGGGGACCACAUUUCCGGGGGUAUAACUACCGAACCCUAAAUCAAAGACAAAGCUUUCUAUCGACAGGAAGAGUAGAAAACAACUCACUCUUGAAUCACCUGUGCCUUCCUAUUGACAGAGAGGGGGAUCCUGCAACAAUGUCAGACUUCUCAGUUGGUCAAAAUCAAUUUCUCUCUCACACUAUGUGUGCAGCACGUAGACAUACAGAAAACUGGACAUGGUCCCAGAGAUUAGUCUAAGCCCUGGAAGGAACUUUCCAGAUUCCCUUCAUUACAUAAAUAAGAUAGCUGAUACACUGGAAACUCCAUCUUAUGAAAAACAAAGGAGACCAAACACCAACUGACUUUACUGUGAUGUUCAAAUACCUAGCUAAAGGGGAGAAAUUCAGUGAAAAGAAACUGGGGAAGGUGGGGAGGGGUUUGGGCUACAUAAUGCCACAUAGCUGGCUUGGCUGGGUUUUGUUUUAAAACAAUGAAUCAAAUUGCCUUGGUUAUUCAGACACAGUAAAAGAAUCAAGAGAAAAAUGACAUUCCAUUUCAGAUAGCUUUGUGGUGGAGAGUUCCUUCAGAAGACUAUCCACUAUAGGCAUCUGACUUAAUUUUCUUUCUUUUAAUGGGCUCUUUUGAGUUUCAUGGAAGGAAGAACAUAAAAACCAACAUGAACUUCUGGCUUAGAGUCUCUGGGAAAACUGUGUUAAUAACCCAAACUCCCAAAUGAGGAAAGGAGCAUGUCUAUUUCCUCCAUGGGAUUUCCAGGGACUGAAAUUCACACAGCAGCUUCCAGGGGAGCUCUGUGCUGCUUCUUCCAGGGUAGCGGGGAGGGAGCCCCACCGGCAUUUCCACACCAGCGACACGUCGUCUCCCUCAAGGGGCCCUGGCCAUUGUGGACUGCCGCUGGGCUAUGCCUGGCUGCGGCGUGUGACACUUGUGUGCAAAGCCUUUGUACAAGCUGUAACCCUUCCCUCUCUGUCUACCCAACAAACUCCUAAUUAUUCUUCAAGACACAACUUGAAGGCUACUUCUGUGAGGUCUCCCCAGCUUGCUGGCCCUCCCCCAGCCCUUCCAUUGUAUUGGAUCAGAUUUCUGUGGUAGUACUUUGUAUGUGCAUAUGUGUGUGUGUGUUUCGCCAAAAUGGUGUGGAGGCCCUAAACAGUGGAUAUUGGCAUGCAUCUCCGGAUUCCUCUCCUGCUCAUCUCUCACCUCACACCCCUCCCCUGGACCAGCUCGCUAAAGAUGUGUUCAUUAAAAUUAGGCCCAGAGCCAUCAUUUCCUCCAUCAGACAUCUUGCCUCCUGGAUUUGUGCAAAUAUUGGUCCUUUGAGUGGACUUGCUCAAGGUCACACAGCUGGCAAAACCAAGACUUCAACUAAAGUCUCAAAACGAAACCACUAAACCACACAGUUGCAUACCUGAGAACUCCCCGGAUUUACACUUUCACUUUGAGUUCCCCAGAAGGAAGCUCCAGAUGAGUUUUCUGAAGCAAUGAGAACACAGCUGAAGCCUCUUCUUCAACAGCUACCUCCCUCACAGACAGUGCCUGACCCUGGCAAAGGUAGGUGAGCUCAUCACAACUCAGACAACCAGCACCCAGUGCAGCCAGAAAGCUCUGCUACCAGGCGAGUCCCACCUCCAGGUAGGCCUUCGUGCCCCUCUCUCUGCACCCUGGUGGUCCCUGAGCCCCUCCCAGACUGAACAGUCCCUCACACAUUUUGCAGGAUUGCCCACUGCGGGGACUGGUCUAAUGGCUGGAGAAGGUCGUGGGUGGUGUUAGGAAAGGAGUUCCAGAGGAGGGAUGAAGGAACAGGAUGUAGGCACAAGGACAGAGUUGUGUUGGCUCUCCAAGCCUCCUCUUGGCCCCUCCCCACUCCUGCGGCCCCAUCCUCUGGUGCCCUCCUCGUGUGUAUCAUCUCUCAUUCCAUCUAGUCCCUCCAUCUACUCGGUCUACUGUCCUCUUUCCACUUCCCUUCUCCUUUUUCUUAUAAUUUUACCUUUCUUCCUCUCUUUGCAAUUCCCAAGCCAAAAUUAACAAAUGUAGGAAAGAAAACAACAGAAGUGGGUAAAAAUUUAUGUCUCUAAUGACAUGUCCAUGUUUUGGAAGUAAAUCUAGCAUCUUAAGUCAUGAGCUGCUUGCAGGACCCUCUGUAGUCCUUCAUUUACUGUGAAUUUGGCACAGGAAGUUUGUUGGCCCAUUUUACUGCAGAGAGCCUGAGUGCAGAGGACAGCUAAUCUUGUACUUUGGAAAUCAAAGUAGAAAUGUCAGUGAGGCUGCUAAUUAAUCAGUAAAUUAAAUCUUGCUGCCAAAGCUGCUAUUUCUCAUGUCCUACAUUUGAUCAUGCUGUCUUAAUGCAGAACCAACAUUCAGAUUCUAUUUAAGCAAUAAAGAAGAUGUGGAUCUGGCAAACCAGUUACUAGUUCUUUAUGUUUUAGUACAAGUUAUUUGAGUAUGCAUCUUGAAAUUCAUGUGGGAACCCAGAAUGAUGCUUAUAAAUAACAAAGUUUAAGGAUAUAAAUCUUGAUUCCUAUCUGGUUCUUUAUUCUUUUAGGGGGAAAAUAUUACCAGAAAGGUAACAAUAAAUGAUUAUUUAUAAAACAGAGAUUUUCAAAUUGAUAAACAUUCCAUUUUAGAUUACUGAGGAUGUGACCCCCCCCAAAAUCAUUCUUUACAACUUUGCUUCAUAAACACCUUUUAAAAAACUGAUCAGUCUUAAUAUCAUCUAAGGCAUUUUAAAUUGUGACAUAUAUUUAUGAGAAUAUUUAAGGUGAAUAUUUUCCAAAUAAGUAGCAAAUGAAUGGGUCAUCAAUUUGCAUGCACUGCCUCUGAAAAUGAGCAUAUUUGAAAACGGUUUGUUCAAAAGGCGCCAUUGGCCUUUUUCCUUCCUUCUCAAAGAGCAUAUGUGUUGCAUUAGUACUCAGAGCGUGUUUUCAUAGCCUCCAGUGCUGCAUUUAUAAAAAUCAUGAUGAUUUUAGGACUGCACCUUCAUUUUUUGAAUUUUCAAAACUUGUCCCUUUUUGCUCUUUUAUUUUCUUUCAGCAAAACAAAGACCGAAGAACCCCUUUAAGAAAUUUUAUACAUUCCCACAGAGCCCCAGUUUGUUGACCUUCAGGCCACAGAGUAAAACCUUCCUUUUAAGUCAAGCAUUCCCCAUUGGGAAGCGCUCCAGCUUUUUCUUUUUAUGAGGAAUUUUAACUGCUGGACUUAAUUUAAUUAUUGUAUUUUGUACAUACUCCCAGAAGCCCCAGGGCAUGAGCUUUACUUUUUUCAAAACUUUCAAAUGAAUAUCUUUUGAAAUGCACAUUUCUGAUGGUAACUUUACUUCUUUCACUUGUAUUUCUAAUCUAAAUACCAAACUUGGAUUAUUCUGUUUCCUGACUUAUUCCUGGAGAGGCUUCAACCUCCCUUCUCUUUGUCACAGAUACUCUUCGCUGGUAGACACGAGAUAUAGUCAUUUGAGUCCUGAGUGUGGGAGCCCAGGUUUCAUAACAAGAAAAUGAAAACCAUCUCCAGUUGAAGCACAAUUUAAAACUAGAUGGUUCUGGGGACAUAGUCUUCAAUAAGAAGGAUUCCUAGGUUGAAAUCAGUAGCAUGCUGGUCCCAUGGCUUCAUCUGCCACCAUCUGUCCCUAUAGUUUCUGUGAGAUACUUCCCCCAACAUCAGCUGCUCCUCCUGAUCCCAGCAGAGGCUCAUGUGUGAACACACACACAGAGUUGUCAUCCUAAGCUGAUGGCAAAGAUUCAAUGUCUUUAUUUCUCAUCUCUCUUUAUCCAUAAACAUUUUCAUUUGAGCCUUCUGAGUUCCACCUGGAAAUCAAAACUUUGACCACAUCUUGACUCUCAAGGGUGAAAAAUAAAUAUUUUUGCUAUUGACUUAAAACUCAUUUAGGAAUAUUGGAAUGUGGGACAAACAUAAAUUUUGCAAAUUCGUAAGUUCUGCCCAGAAUAUUUCAUGAGGGUUGGGUCACUUAUGUAGUAAAUUUCAUUUCAGGACUUCUGAGACCUCUGAAUUUAUGAAGAUGUAUUUGAGCAGAAUUAUCUGCCAGGUGAAUCUGAUUUUCUUACUUACUUUGAUUUAAAAUUUAAAAUUACAGAAAUCACAAAAUUUUGGUGCCAAAGAAGGACUUUGGAGAUCAUCUAGGCCAAAGAUCUGGCACCUGGCUGCAUAUUAGAAUUACCUGGUAGACGUUUAGUAAAUACUCUUGUCUGAAUCAUCAGUUUGCAAAUUAAAAAGGGAAACAACCAAACAAGUCUCUGAAGAUGCAAUAAGGCUUUUACACUAGAAGUCUAAGGUAUAAUCCUAUAGCAUGAUUUGGGAACUCACAGCCGUACUAAACUUUAAGAAGCAAACUUCAGUUUCCAUAAUUAUGUUUUGGGCCACACAAAUUGUACAAUAGUUGACUUAUUCUUUCCUCAUGAUACACUUUCUAAUUUUAUAAACACUCAUAUCCCUGACUGAUCACAGAAGAGUUUUGAGUAGUCACAGCUUUGAAAUGUCUCACACUUAAUUUUUAAAAUAAAGCACACUUGUGUGGAUGGCUGCCCUUCCUGUUAAUUUCACUUAAAAGUUUGCCCUCUUCAGUCAUGCUUCAUAACUAAUACUCUGUGAAUUUAUUCUUCUUACAUAUAAGCAAAAAGCAAUAUUUGUCCAAGUAUCAUCUGACAAUCUCAAAACCUUUGAGCCAUUUUACAUUGCAUAGUUUUUAUAAAAACGGAAGCAAAGAGACGUCAGAUAACAACUCAUCCAAGUGAGUCCUACAGUCACACGAAGGCAGAAAUGAGCUCAGCCCUCAUCUCUGAUGGCCUCAAGGGAGCAAGGGCUCCUUCUGGUAAGAAGCCUUAGCCCGGGACUCCGCAGGCCGUCCUCACCGUGCCUCCCCCGUGAACAGCACCUCCCUCACCUUUCCCACUCUUCCUCAUUCCUCAUCUGCCUCCUCCUCCCCUUCUUGGGGACAGGCGUGCUUGCAGGUCAGGAAGGGAAUGGGAGAGCUCCGGUCAUUUGUUUUUGUUUUUGUUUUUGUUUUGUGGCGGAGGUAAUAAUUAGGUUUCUUUAUGUAUUUUUUUAAUUAAUUUUUAAUUUUAUUUUUUAGUGGAGGUACUGGGGAUUGAACCCAGAACCUUGUGCAUGCUAAGCACACACUCUGAGCUAUACCCUCCCCCAAGUCAUUUUGACUGGAGGGCCAAGGACCUCCCAGGAGAGAUCCAGGAGGCUUUGAUCUCAAUUAUUUGCCUUGGGCUGAAAGACCUCUGGUUGACCACUCCUCUAGGAUCCUAAUAAGGCCAGGACCUGGGAUCACAGAUGCAAAACUUUUUUCUUUUUCUCUUUUUUUUAGACGAAAGGAAUGCUGAAAUGCAAUGAUUAAAAAAGUAUAGAGUUCCUACUAGAGGAUACAUUAAUAUAUGGCAUGCCUAUAUAGAAUGUGUUCAUUAAUUCACUCCUCCAGCAGACUUUAAUUGAACUUCUAUUGUGUGCCUGUGGUAAGUGACAUCACUGUGUUUGUGAUAGGCUAAAAGGUAAUCCCGGGGGUGGCCAUGAGGCCCCAGGGUCCAGUAGUCCCGUCAGAAGUAAAAGCAAGUGGGCAGUUAAGGCCUUUCUUAUUCUGGUCCCCAUCUCCUUAUUCUGUUCUAAUUACUCUUUCUUAUCCUUUACAACAAAUAUGCAGAUUAACCAAGAUCAUAGCUCCAGAUCCGAGACCAAAUAAAAAAGGAAUAAAAAGGAAGAAAUCAGGAAGUAUCUUAGAGGUAGACUCUCAUGCAGCCAAAAAAAAAAGACUGUAGAAAGGAAAAAAAAUUUAACGUCAAGGAGAACUAUUGGAAAUUUUGCCCCGCUUGGUUUUUUCACUUUCUGUUCCUUUGUACUUUUCUGUACAUUCCAAAUUGGCUACAGUGAGCGUGUAUCACUGUGAUAGCCAAGAAAUAUGAUGAUAAGUAAAUGUAACUAUUAAUGGGAUUUUGGAUUUUCCAAAUUUUCUAAGAUGGACAUUUGUAAGUUUUGUAAUCAGAAAAAUGUGUGUUAACCACUAAAUUUAAUUUUGUUGUUGUUUUAAAUAAGAAUAACUGAAGAUGAGGAAAAUAAGUCUGGGCAAGAAUCAGCAUUUGGAUGAGAGCGUAAGUUCAUUACUAUUACAAGAAAUAGUCAGAAGCUGGACCAGAGAAAAUUUAAAGCAAUAAUAUGUUUCUUGACUAUCAAACUAAAUCAUUUUUGAGUGAUAACCUCCAAGGCCCAGCACUCACAAGGCUGGUGGGAGUGUGACUUGUGCAAUCCUCCUGGAAAAUAUUUGGCAAUGUGUAUCAACAGACUGAUUGUCAUUUACUUGUGCCUUUGACAUCUGGAUCUAGGAAAUUCUAUGAUCCUAAAUAUAGAAAAAGCCUCAUUCACAGACACAAUUCAUAGCUGCGUCAUUUAAAUUACAGAGGUAUGGAAACCUGCUGGAAUAUUUAGAGCAGCCACUAAAGCUGGUAUUUAGAAAGUAAGAAAAAGCUUUUAAAAUAAAGUGAAGUCCAAAAACAGAUACCAAGUUGUAUAUGCAGAGUCUAGAGCUGGACUGCCUGGGCUCUCCCGCUUACUGCUGAGUAACCUUGGGCAAGGAAGUAGCCGCUCUGUGCCUCAGUUUUAUUAUCUGUGAAAUGGGGGUAAUAACAGUACCUAUCUUAUAAGAUUGUUAUGAGAUUUAAAUGGAUUAAUACAUAUAAAAAAGAGUACCUGACACAUAGUAGGCCCUCAACAAAUGUUAGCUGCUAUUAUUAUAUUGUGAUUAUAUUCUUAUUACAAUGUUAAAAAUAAAUCACAUCGGAAGAAAAUACACCAAAAUGUUAGCAAUUACAAUGUUUGGAUGACGAGACUACCAGUGAUUUUUCUUUUGUCUUCUUCUUAUAUUUUUGUGUUUCCAAAUCUUUCAUUAAGUGUAUAUCAAAUUUUUAAAACCAAGUUGGAGCUAAUUACAAAUACAAUCUGUAGUUGAAACACUGCUUUUGCUUGCUCUAUGGUUACACCUGGAAGGCCCUGAGUAGAGGAGAAAGGCCCUGGCAGGAAGUUUCCAUAUGAUCUGAAACAUCCUGCUGCCAGGACUCAGGGUCCAGGCUUCUAAGGACUUCUCUGCCUUGGGCACCACAGUCACUUCUCAUCUGCCACAGGGAGGACAGGCUCGGCUACGUUGGGUCAUGGAAUGCAUCCAGGAUUGGCAAGAACGUAACCUGAUUUCUGGUACCCCUCUGCCACCCACUCACUGCCUGUGGGUGCUAGGGAAGAGCCUGGUCCUUCUCUACAAGGAGGGGUCUUGAUGCAAUUAGCAGCCUCAGAGAAUUAGAAAAGCAGUUGAGGGAAUUUCUGAGAUACUGCCUCGGUGGUAGGAAAAGAGAUCCUGAACUCUGUGAUACUCCACUCCAGCUGUCCAACCUCAGAAUUCUUUCUCCCAGGGCGGAGGGCCCAUCUGCUCUGUUUACACACCUGGACCUGGUGCGAAGGGCGGUUUGGAGGGUGGCUCCCUGACCAUUUGUGGAAUCAUUCCUGCUUCCAAGCAGCACGCUACAGGCAAGCCUUCAAAGAAAUGCCAGAAGCCAAGUGCACUAUCUGUCAUCACUUAAUAAUGCUUGAAGCUUUUCAUAUAACAAAAGGGGAUGAAACAGCCCUACCUCGCAUUGUGGGAACCCAAUCAUUCUUCCAUCGGCUCUACACCAAAGGGGCUUUUUCUUACCUUUAAAUGCUAGAUCUGACUGACAUGGGCAACCAAUGCUCUUGGUAAGUAAAGCAGGAAUAAAAUAAGUGUUUGCAACUUUAUCACAGUAGGGAAAGAAGGGAACUCAUAAGUUGCAAUGACAAAUAAUCUAGUAUUAUUUUUAGCAAAACAGACAAAAUACAUCAAAUUUUAAGAAUGUCAGCAUCAUUUUUCUAUAUCUAUUCUUGUGAGGUUGGAAUUAAACCACAGAGACAAAAAGUUUACCUACUUUGUUCAUUCCUUGCACCUAGCAUGGUGCUUGCUCUUAAUAAAUUUCCAUGGAAUGAAUCAGUUAAUGAAUUGAUGAAUGAAUGAGAGAGGGUCUCCUCUCUGUUGUGUUAGAGGAUAGGGCUAUAGGAAUAAAUAACUCAGAGUCCCACUCCCAGACGCUCACUCUAGUGAUGGAACCAUACAUUCAAACAGAAAAUGGCUCAAAUACAAUAUGAUUGGUUCCUAAACUCAUACCACUAAUAGUCAUCAGUCGUGUUUCAGCUCCUCCUAUCAUGCAGGUACUUAUACACAGUAAAAUGUAGUCCCUUCCUUCAAAGUUCAGUCUAAUCUAGAAAAGAAACGCAAAGCAAGGAAGGCACAGUACCACAAGGAAAGCAAAACAGAGAGAAUGGACUCGAUAGAGAGGCAGCACAGUGUAAUUUAGUCUUGUAGAUUCUGGCAUCAAACUGCUUGAGUUCAUAAAGCUGUGUGACUUUGGACGAAUUGCUUAGCCUCUCUGGGCUUCAACUGUCACAUCUAUAAAAUGAGGUUACUACUAGGACCUACCUUAUAGGGUUGUUAUGAGGAGUAAAUUUGUUAAUAUCUGUAAAAUUCAGGAUAGUGCCAAGCUUAU